UAAAUCUACACGUCUUUGGAGUUUUUUUCUUUUUUGGAAGUUCCUUGGGUUUGCCUCUUGACACCAUUCUCAGCAGACAUCUAAACUGAUUCGUUUUCCAGCAUAGGUUAUUGGUGCCAAUUAGGAUUAGAAAUCUAAUUGGCACUUCUUGUAUGUAUCCCAAGCCUAUAAUAUUGUGACUGAAAUCAGCUAUAUCAGCCUGGAUGUGGAGAUAACUCCUGUUACAUUUAGCUUAAUAACACGACAUGUAAUGGCAUUAUCUCCUAAGCAAGCAAAAUAUACUGCUUACCGUCCCUUAGUUCCACUACUGAGGUCCAUAAAUCAAAAUAUAAAUAAACUCGGUGCAAAUAUUAGAAUCUAAAAAUCAAAGAUCCUUCACAUAACAUUGGUUGAUGGAAAUAAUAUUCAGGCAAACUGUAAAAUAAGAUGCUAAUUUGUUUCAUUUUGUGCUACCACCAAAGAUCAGUUACAUCACCAUUCAUUUUCUUUUCUUUGAUACAAUUACCAGCCUAGCAUUAUAUCAAAUUUAUAAAACUUUUCAAUGUCAUAUACCAAUUACAUCAUAAAGGCAUAUCUGUCAUGCUGAUUAUAUGGUAUAGCCUGCCCUGCUAUCAUUCAUGCCACACACUGACCACAUCUUAUCUUCUGCCCCACCAUAAAUCCUACCACAACUGUUUACAUCUAGUAACACACCCCACUGUCAUUCCCAUUCCAACUGACUGAAUCAUAAAGGCUGCUUCUCAAACCAAAGCAAAGAUUCGUUCCUGAUUCAUCCAGAUCUCAAUGCAGCCAAGUCAAAGCUGGUGCUGUCACUUGGAGAGUCCCCAGAAAACAGGCUAAGAUCCACAGUCUCAAUCGGAUUCAGCUAAAGGUCCAGUCUCUGCCACACAGGAACAGUUGAAGCUCCUCAAGAAAAAUGGAAUAUGAAACAUCGUCAUAUCCUAUGGGAACCUAUGCUGCACCUCAAUAUCCUGUGAAUACCUAUGCUAAAAUUCAGUAUCCGGCGGGAACUCCUGCAUCACCUCAGUAUCCUACAGAGACCAAUGCUAAAACUGAAUAUCCUGCGGGGACUUAUGCCACGUCUCAGUAUCCAGGAGGAACCUUUGCCACAUCCUCUGGCAAAACUGAGUAUCCUUUGAGUGUCAUUGCCAAACCUGAAUAUCCUGUGGGUGUCUAUGCCAAACCUGAGUAUCCUGUGGGAAUCUAUGCCACAUCUCAGUAUCCUGGAGGAAUCUACCCUACAUCUCAGUAUCCUGGAGGAAUCUACCCUACAACUCAGUACCCUGGAGCCUCCUAUGCCACAGCUCUUUACCCUGGAGGAACCUAUGGUACAUCUGAAUAUCCUGUGGAAUAUCAAGCCAAAACGCAGUAUCCUAUGAGGAUCGCAGGUGAAACUCAGCAUCCUGGAAGCUACUAUGUAGCAGAUCAAUAUCCAAUGAAGACUUAUGUCAUGGGUCAGUAUCGCAUGGGCACUUACAACUCAGUUCCAUAUCAGACUAGAAACUACGUCUCAGGUCACUAUCCUCCGAUGACCAACUAUGCACAUGAAUAUGCAGUCAGGAAUUACAUCAUGGGUCACACUCAAAUGCAAACUUAUGGUGCAGACCAAUACCUUUUGCAAGCCUAUCUUUCACCUGAAGAUUCUGCGAGGACUGAUCCCAUGGGUCGGUAUUCAACAACAAAUCAUGUAACAGAUCAGAAUAUUAGAAGAACCAAUAACGCAAACCAGAAUUUUGAAAUGACCAAUACGGCAUAUGAGAAUCUUUCAAGAGCUGAGAGUACUGACCAGGAUUUUGAAAGGGCUGAAAGUGCAGACCAAGACAUUGGAAGGGUUGAGAGUGUAGACCAGGAUUUUGAAAGAGCUGAUACUGUGGACCAUGAUGCUGAAAGAAAUGAGACUGCUGACCAGGAAGCCAUGAGAUACAGUAGUGAAGACCAGGAUUCUUUGAGAGCUGACAGUGUUGACCAGGAUUCUGUGAGCGCAGAGCAAUAUUCUGUGAGGACUGACAGUGUAGAGGAAGAUCCCAUAAAGAUUGGCAGCAGAAGUCAGGAUAUUUUAAUGAUUGACAAAGACCAGGAUUCCAUGAGGACAGACAGUGCAGAGCAUAGUACUGCAAAAAACAACAGUCAGGAUAUGGACGGGAUGAAAAGCAUUGCUGAGAGCUCUAUGAGGAACUAUUUUAUGCCUCAGUAUCCACUGAAUGCCAACGUCACAGGCCAGUAUCCAGUGAUGGCCAAUGGUGGGGAGGAAUAUUUUUUUCAGGCUUACUCCAGACCUCAUUUUCCUGUGAGAAGCUAUAUAGUGAACCCAGCUUCUACAAGGGCCUACAUGGCAAUUCAGAAUCCUACUUGGGUUGACAGCACAGAGCAGGACUUCAAUAAGAUGAUGAAUCCAACACAAAGUCCUGCAAAGAGCUCAGAUCAAAGUCAUGCAAAGACAAGAAGCUCAGAACAAAGUUCUGCAAAAACACGAAGCCCAGAACACAGUCUUCCAAAAACAAGAGGCCCAGAGCACAGUCUACCAAAAACAAGCCCAGAACACAGUCUUCCAAAAACAAGCCCAGAAAACAGUCUUCCAAAAACAAGAGGCCCAGAGCACAGUCGUCCAAAAACAAGCCCAGAACACAGUCUUCCAAAAACAAGAACCCCAGAACACAGUCGUCCAAAAACAAGAAGCCCAGAACACAGUCUUCCAAAAACAAGAAUCCCAGAACAUAGUCUUGCAAAGCCUCGAGGCCUAGAACAGAGUGUUGUAAAGACCCGAAACCUAGAACAGAGUGUUGUAAAGAACAGAAACCCAACACAAAGUUCUGCAAAGACCAGAAGUCCAGGCCAGAAUUUUGCAAAGAACAGAAGCUUAAUUCAAGGGCCUGAAGAGAAUAGAGAGCAACCCCCGGGCCCUAUGAAGACCAAAUCCCCAGGCCAAGACAACACAAUCAGCAAGACAGAGGAACCUGUAGGUACCUAUGUCUCAGCUCAGUAUCCUGUAGCGAUUCGCUAUCCAGGCUUAUAUCCUAUAAGGAGCUACUUACCAUCUAAUUAUCCCUCAGGUCCUUAUUAUACACAUCAUGUACCUGUGAAAACCUAUGUGACACCUCCAUGCCCUAUGAGAAACUGUGUUACACCACAAUACCCUAUGCAGACCUACUUCCAAUACCCCUUGAUGAACUACAGUUCACCACAGUAUCCUUUGAGAUCCUACCAAAUUCCUGUGUAUCCUUUGAAGACCAACAUGGAACUUAAAUAUCCUGUGAGGUGUGUCAGCCUUUAAUCAUGGCAUCAUUGGUCAUGCAUCUGUGUCUGUGAACAUCAUCUUUAAACAAGCUCUGCUGCUUUUACUAAGCACAAAAGUAAUACUGAAAAUAAAAUAAAGCCAGUCCUGACCACUCC